CAUCACCCAACUAAAUGUCCCCUUUCAGCCCGGGCUGCCCCUCCGCCCCGGCUGCCCGGCGCCCAUUGGCCCGAGGCCGGGGCAGAGUCGGCACCAUUCGGUGCUGCUCGCUCUUAAACCUCGGCCCCCGUCCCCCCCGGCACCCUUCGGGCCCCUCGGAACCGGCCGGUGACAGAAGCCACCAUGUCGCAGGGUGCCGGGGGCAGCAGCAGCCUCCUCCUCCUCCUCCUCACUGGGCUCAUCUCGGUGCUGGGGCCAUCCCCAGCCUCCUCCAUCCACGUGUACACGCAGCGGGAGGUGUACGGCACCGUUGGCUCCCACGUCACCCUCUCCUGCAGCUUCUGGUCCAGCGAGUGGGUCUCCGAGGACAUCUCCAUCACCUGGAACUUCCAAGCAGAGGGCUCCCGUGACAGCACCUCGAUCUUCCACUACGCCAAGGGUCAGCCCUACAUCGACGAUGUGGGCACCUUCAAGGAGAGGAUAGAGUGGGUGGGCAACCCCCGCCGCAAGGAUGGCUCCAUCGUCAUCCACAACCUGGACUACAAUGACAACGGGACCUUCACCUGCGACGUCAAGAACCCCCCUGACAUCGUGGGAAAGUCCUCCCAGGUCACGCUCUACGUCUUUGAGAAAGUGCCCACCCGCUACGGCGUGGUGCUGGGCUCCAUCAUUGGUGGGGCUCUGCUCUUGGUGGCCCUGGUGGUGGCCCUUGGCUACCUCCUCCGCUACUGCUGGCUACGGCGGCAAGUGGCCCUGCAGCGACGACUGAGCGCCAUGGAGAAGGGGAAGCUGCAGAGAUCAGCCAAGGACGCCUCCAAACGCAGCCGUCAGGCACCCGUGCUCUAUGCCAUGCUGGACCACAGCCGCAGCACCAAAGCCUCCAGUGAGAAGAAAGCCAAGGGAGUCCCGGGAGAUUCCCGCAAGGAUAAGAAAUAGCGGUUAGAGAGCAGGGAAGGUACCGAGGGGGCGGGCACUGGGGCUUCCCGGCCCCCCAAAGUCAUCAUGACCAUCGAGAUGGAGCUGCGGGGGGACGCUGAGGAGGCUGCCCACCCCCCGCCCACCUCCCGCUCCCCCAGCAGGGGCAGCCUCAAGAGUGCCUUGAUGCACAUCAUCAAACCCAACGCGGGGACCUGACCCCCCCACCCCUUUCUCUGGGGGGGGGGGGAUCAGCCACCCUGGGGCAAGGGACACAGCGAGGAGCAGGGUGUGGUCCUCGCUCCAGGUCCCCCAUCCUCGGGGACACCCCCAGUGUCCCCUCACCCCAUCCUGCAGCCCUCCAGUCGGUACCUUCCUCUGCACAACCCCCCCCUGCCCAGACCCGGGCACUGGUGUAAUAUUUUCUAUUUGAAGACACAACCACUGAAUUUUGGGUUUGUCCCCACUCGGGGUGGCCUUGGUCCCCCUCUCCCCAGGGACCUGCCACCCCCCAUCCCACUCUGUGUCCUUCCCCACCCCAAACCAUUCUCCGGGAGGGUUUCUCUGCCAUCGUUUGCUCCUUUUCUGGCCGUUUUCUCGUCUCUCCCACGACCGAGCCCAAAUGACGUCGCGGGGUGGCCCCUGCCCAUCCCCUCCAUCCUCCAUUAACCCCUCCCGCCCCUUAACCCCCGGCCCCCCCCCGCUUCGACCGGAGCCUCAUGGAAGGGGAGAGUCUGCGGCCGGGCUGGAGGAGCCGAAGGUGCCCGUCCCCCCGCAGCCAGGUGCUGCUCCUCAACAUAUUUUUCUGUGCCUUUGUCCAUGUCUGGGCCCACCCCCCCACGGCGCCAUUAAUAAAACUGACAUCUCCUGGA